AAACCAGGUCUUGAGUUCGGUGCGGCUCAUUCUUACGUCAGUCUGGAGAAACUUGGUGAAGGAGCGUACGCCUCCGUCUACAAAGGAGUCAGCAGGAUCAACGGACAGCUGGUGGCUCUGAAGGAGAUUCAUAUCAAGACGGAGGAAGGAGUCCCAUUCACUGCUAUCAGAGAGGCGUCUCUCCUCAAAGGUCUGAAACACGCCAACAUCGUCGUCCUCCAUGACAUCAUCCACACCGGAGAGUCUCUGAUGCUCGUCUUUGAAUACGUGCAGACCGACCUGGCACAGUACUUGAGCCAACAUCCUGGAGGACUUCACUCCCACAAUGUUCGGCUCUUUAUGUUCCAGUUGCUACGAGCUCUCUGCUUCAUCCACAGCCGGAGGAUCCUCCACCGAGACCUGAAGCCUCACAACCUGCUCAUCAGCUACCUGGGAGAACUCAAGAUGGCCGACUUUGGUCUGGCCCGGUCUAAGUCCGUCCCCUGUCAGACCUUCUCCUCUGAUGUCGUGACGCUGUGGUACCGCCCCCCCGACAUCCUGCUGGGAUCCACAGAUUACUCCACCGCUCUGGACAUCUGGUCAGUCCAGUUUUUAAAUAAAGUUUCCUGGUUUUGA